CGUGUAGUAUGCCUCCAAGUCGUUGAAUCUCUCUCUCUCUCUCCCUCUCCUUUUACUUGGGUGGGGGAGAGAGACUUAACUUUUGGGUUGUACAAUAGUUUAACCCUCUCUUAUCUUCCCUUCCACAACUUGCAUCUCCCUGUAAUAGUACAAUAACUCCAUGUAUAAAGAGGAGAAGUCAAGCUAAAGAGGAUUUCAUAGACUUGAUUACAAGUUCUCUUCAUUUUAUGGCAAUUGCAGCAACGAUGAGCCAAGAUGAAAGCAAAGAUGAGCAUGAACACGACGUGGUUAUGCCCGGCUUUCGCUUCCACCCUACCGAGGAAGAACUUGUUGAGUUCUACCUUCGCCGUAAGGUCGAGGGCAAGCGUUUCAAUGUCGAACUCAUCACUUUUCUAGAUCUUUAUCGCUAUGACCCUUGGGAACUUCCUGCCAUGGCAGCAAUUGGAGAGAAGGAAUGGUUCUUUUAUGUGCCUAGAGAUCGAAAGUAUCGUAACGGGGAUAGACCAAAUCGAGUGACCACUUCAGGCUACUGGAAAGCCACCGGCGCUGACCGAAUGAUCCGCACCGAGAAUUCCCAGUCAAUCGGGCUGAAGAAGACCCUUGUUUUCUACACUGGAAAAGCUCCAAAAGGCAUCAGGACUAGCUGGAUCAUGAACGAAUACCGUCUACCACAGCAUGAAACCGAACAGUUACAGAAGGCUGAAAUUUCUCUUUGUCGAGUUUACAAAAGACCGGGAGUAGAAGAUCAUCCAUCACUCCCUCGUUCUCUACCAACAAGGGCAUCCUCAUCAAGAGGGGCACAAUCAGAUCAUAAGAAAAAGUAUGACGCAACCAAUCAUGUCAUUGAGAGAUUCCAAGCUCUUACAGGAUCACAAGCAAAACAAAUCGACGAAAAAAUGAGUGAAACAAGUGGAAGUAGUAGCACUGAUGUUGGGACUGCUCUCGGGCUUUCCAACCAUAACUCUUACAUUGAAUUAGCCCCAAAUCUGAUGAACACCACAGUGGAAACGCCAGCUUCAACUGAUGAGGAUACAAUGUCGUUAUUGGAUCAAUCAAGACAGACUACAGUACCAAAGGGUUACUUUUCCACAAGCAUAUUUAUGGGCUCUUCUUCAAUGCAAUCAAAUGGUGUUGAUGAUCUCCACAGACUUGUAAGCUACCAACAAGAUUCAAUCAAUCAUCAGGAACAGUAUCAUCAUGUUCAUCCUUCCCAGUUCUCUAAUUUGUUGGCACCACCACAGUCACUUGCUCUCAAUAUGAUGCCGGCAGCACAUCAGGCCACCUACUCUGACCAGUACUACCAGUGGGAUUGGAGUUCAAUCUCGGAGACCAGCAAAGACUACGGCAGCCCUUUCAAGUAAUUGAUGAACUGCAUAUAUAUACACAGACCAACUACAAAACUAAUGCUGAUUUAUUGCGUCUCUUCUACUCUUAUAAUGUUAGGCUUUCAUAACUCUAGCCUUGGUAAGUUUAUUAUUGGGGUGGGAGAUUUGAAGCCAGUGGAAUAACUUUGGCUUUCAACUGCUAAAAUUUGUGCUUAAGUCUUUAUAGUCUUCAAGAAAAAAUAGUUGUUCUUAGGAUUUUGUUGCCCCAUCCACACUCUAAUAGAAACAACAGAAUGUGCAAAGGUGUAUGAACGUUUAUUCUGUCUAGCUUCUUAACGGAAGGCGUAGAAUAAUUGACAAGGAACUUUUCUAUCUAGUUAGCAUAGAUACGUGUGGCGGUUGGUUCUGUCCCAUUUUGUUUCUGAACCGGAGG